UUUUGAGGACUAAAUUUCCCCAAAUUUCUCUCAUCCCCCUCCUCCGGAUUCUUCUCCGUCACCGAUAAGACAGAGAGGCAAAGAUUCCUACGACGGAAGAUCUCCGGUGAACGGAUUAAGGCGGAGUUAUCAUUUUCAGCUUCUGUUUUUCUGAUUUCGGAUCUUGUCUCAAGGCUUGAAAUCUUCCUUCUAUCUCCGACUGGCAAAGAGUGGCAAUGGCUGGCUCCAAGGGAUCAGAGAGUGUUAAGAAUCUGAUGUACUCAGGAAAAAACGCUUUGCUCCCUCCAAAAAUUCCGUUUCCAAGUGUAUCAGCAUCGUAUACCGAGUAUAUCCCUUGUGGUUUGAUAGGUUCGAGGCACAGUCAGAAGCUUAGCCACGACAAAACGCACCACCAGAGAACUUCCUCUGAGAGCCAUUUGGUAGAAGAACUUCCAUUUUGGCUUGAUGAUCUUCUCAAUGAGCCAGAGAGUCCUGCUCGCAAAUGUGGUCAUAGGCGUUCGUCAAGUGACUCUUACGCUUACCUAGACGUUGCUAAUGCUACAAACAUAAGCUUGACUCUCCAAAAUAAUUUCAGCUACAGGAAUCCGGUUUCUUCUGUUCAAAGAGGAAUUCAAGGAUCCGAUCGUAGGAAAAACACUGAGGACGCACCUUUUUACGCUGAUGCUAGUUUUCUAAAACAGAAGAAUCGGCAGAGGGAUUCUUUGGUGGCGUCUGGGGCUCGUUCUUGUUGGCAGCUACCGUCUGCUCGAGAGAAUGUUGGUGUAAAAAACAUGGGAGCAUCGUAUAUGUCUCAAGAAGCAACAGCAGAAACAAUGAACUACGCAGAUGACCCAAAAAGGUUCUCUUCUGAGGAAAACAAUUCCAGUCCUCAGCCUGUGACGUAUGAGUUUGACAAUAUAAAACGAGCCAAACAGCAAUUUGCACAACGAUCACGGGUCCGUAAGCUCCAGUACAUAUCUGAGCUAGAAAGAAAUGUACAAGCAUUGCAGGCAGAAGGCUCCAAAGUUUCAGCUGAGCUUGACUUUCUCAAUCAGCGGAAUCUUAUUCUGAGUAUGGAAAAUAAAGCUCUUAAGCACCGCCUUGAAAGUAUAGCUCAGGAUAAGCUGAUCAAACAAUUGGAACAGGAGGUGCUGGAAAAUGAGAUUGGAAGACUACGAGCUCUGUAUCAGCAACAACAACAAGAACAACAAGCUCAUAAACCAUCAGCAAAUAACGGACGCGCUACUAGCAAAGAUCUCGAAUCUAAGUUCUCAAGUCUUUCCCUCAACACCAAGGAUACCAAUUGUAGGCGUGACUCUGUAUCUGUGAUGGGUCAAUUCCACUUUUAGUCAAUGUCUCUCUAUCUACCCAUCGGUUCAUUAGAAGGGCCUGGGGUUUCAAGCAAGAUCAGGCCCUCAUCUAGUGUCUCGUAAUACUCUCUCACCGAAGACAUUUUAACUCCUCGGUCAUCGUUGACAAGUAAACUCACCAGUGCACCUGGUUCCAUUUGCCUGAAAACCUAUGUUAAUUCCAGCAGAUGGCUUGCCUGAGGUGGUUUAGUUCGGAGGUCCGACACCUGGACUUCUUUUAUCUGGUGAUUGUAGUGAUAUGAGACCGGUUAUAUCGGACCCGGUCAAAAUAAAAACACUGAUCUGUGGAUUU